AUGGCCGCUUCACCCAUCACCAUCAUCCACUUUAUCCUUGGUGGCGAAGACACCAUCUGCACGCCGGUUUCUCUCAUAUGCGAGUUCCUGGGGACAUUCUACCCUAAUGGGGGCUUUACAUACACCAAGGUUGCCUUCAAUGUGACAUCUCACAAGAAGAUAGAUGAAUAUGAGCAGUCACAGGUCGACUGUGUUGCACAAAUCACUCAGCACCUUGCUUGCAACGGUUGUGUUGUUGUCUUCUUUUCUGAUCACUCCGAACAGGACUGCGGUUGGCUCUAUGGCGCUCAAGCACCAAAGGAAGAUGGCAGUGGGGUUGAAUAUGUUGCUAUGGACGUUUCUCAUGUCCUCACUAUGGUUCUUUCGCCCUACUCUACGGUGUAG